AUGCGAUGCAAUCAGACUAUAACGUUUAUAAUUCUUUGUCAAAUCUGCUUGUGGAAUUCCAAAUCUGAGAGCAGGUAAAAUUGUGUUAUUUUCUGAAGAUUUACUCGCAAGAGGUGAUCAUGUGUGUGCUGAGAUAAAAAAAAGAAGUACAAUGAGUUGAAAUGUUUACAUAGAUAAAUUUAUCCCUAUAAUUUUCCCACUACAGAGCGUACCAAAACAGAAAUUUUUAAAAUUAGUAAAGAGCAUCUUUGGCAUUUUAAAGUAAAUCGAUACUGAGCAGUAAGUCGUGAAAUAAGAUUUAAAAUUGAUGUAUACACGUCUUUGCCCUGGUCUACUACUUCUUGCUAGUUUUGGUAUUUGUUUUGAUUUACUAUUGGUCAUUAACAGCCAGGUAGCGACUUAUUGUUAAUUUAGAGAUGGUUAAAUUGUAUCUCAGUGUUAUAUAGCAAAACAUAUGUCAUAAUAAUGGUAAAAGUUUCCCCAAAACCAAUCGAAUCAUCUCUUUUGUCUACAUUUAUAUUGAGUUAGAAAUGAAUAUACACUUUGUUGCUUUCAGAUCUUUAGGAGGAAACAAGGAAAAGAAUGACACAAAUCCGGCAGACAAUUCCGACCUUCCUUUUAGAAAUAAGUAAGAGUAAUUUUAGUUUCUAAACUAGUUACUAGUUAUUUAUUUAAUCGUAACCUCAGGUCAAAAAUGCGAUGAAGCAAAAUCCUCGAUUUGUAAAAUUUAGAAUGCAUAGCGAAGCCUUCAGGGCAGUCUCUAAUGCAACACCGGAUGAAGGGUAUAAGGAAAGUGACUUAAGAUCUAAGAUCCCUCAGUAUUGCUUCGAGUGAUUAUGAAUUGCAUCAUUCUUGCUAUAUUAAAACGCGAUCCUAUUUUGAAAACCACUCGGUUUUGGUCCAUGACUGGUAAACCCGUUGUAAUCAUCUUUCUGUUUCAAUAAGCUGUCGAUCAUUAUUACUGUUAUUGCAAGUCGUUAUGCUGGAUGCCUUCGUCGCCAUUAAAGCCCUGUAAUAAAUCAAAAUUAAUCUUAACUCAAAGGUUGAAAAGGUUUCGAUAAUCAACAGUCCAUGCGCAACACAGUGAGAUAUUAGACUGUGAUUCAUCUAUAAAAGAACUCUUGAUUUCAAAAAUCCAGAAGGAAUGCAAUGAUAGAUAGUAGCAGUGGAACAGCAUUAAAGACCACAACGAUCAAUUCACAUCAAAGCGGAAAGGAAAAAAAAGUAAGACUUUCUUUGCUCUUUCUUCACAGGAAAACUGUGCGAAGUACUCACCCACAUUCAAACCUGACCCGUAUGAUUCUUGGCAACGUGUCUGUAGAAGAUGCUGUGGAAGUCAUGUAUGUUUUGCACCUUCAAGUAUUUAUGAGUCGUCUAAUUUUCUACUUUGAUAUUUUCUAACAUUCUCUGCAACUGGGGAAGGCUUCAAAAAGAAAAAAAAAAAAUUCGAACGCAGUUGUCCCUUUAAUUUCCUGGCCAGCGUUUGAUUAAAUUGUCCCUUUUGAUUAUCACAAAGCCUUUUGUACCUCGACAGGAGAGACGACAUGCCAGUGCUUAACAAUAAGUACAUUAACGAAACAGUGGCGGGAAAGAGUAUGUCAAGUCUCUUGGAAGCAGUUUUCAAAACCUACGACAAGCGUAUUAGACCCUUUUAUGAUGGUAGGACCAUAUAUCUUUUAAGUUAAACAUAUCUUUGGAGACUUCAAAACUUUGAAAUAGCCAUGGUUAUAUCACUCAUAACUUUAAAUAGAAAUGUUAACGUUUUAAUCCGUUGGUGUCACGAUCGUCGACGCCAUUCACCCACCCAAUUUUUCGGUUGGCUCACGAGUCUUACCCGGGACAUGAUUUAAAAAGAUACAAACGAAUUAAUCGAUAAAUGAAUAUAGGUAUGAAUGACAGUGAUCGAUAACCGCUUAAAGUACAUUAGAAUGCUAAUUUCGGUUAUUUUCUCAGUUAGGUACUAUUUUGAGAUAUCUACCACAAUUUACGUGACUUGUUAGAACUGCAUAGUAAUAGUUGAGUUUGCCCAUGAUUUACACAGUUGUUAAAGUAAGGUACUUUUAGCGAUUGCAUCCAUGUCGGGUGAAAAAAUAUUGAUAUAAGACAGCAUACUUUCAAGAAAGAAAACCCCUUGUGUUUCUUCAGCUUCUCAUUUACGCCAUAAAGAUCCGACAUUAUGCUUAUUGCUUCCCAUUCUAGUUAAAACACUCGACGUCGCCAUGGACCUACUCAUUCUUUCAUUUGGAGAACUUAGUGAAACCAAUAUGGUAAGAAUCGUAAUGAAGUUUAUUAACUUCUUAGCGGAGUGCUGAAGCGUUGGUAAAAGGUAAGUUAACAAGUCGCGAUUUGCAUCUGAUAAGUAGAGGAGGUUGCACCUGGCUUGGUUUAUAAACUAUUCAUGGCGCGCACGAGAGAAAAAGUACUGCAAUGCCAGAUUGCAAUUGUAUGUUUGUUUGCAUGGUUCCUUGGAUUAACGAUUUUCUGAGGGAAGAGCCACUUGGCUGGAAAUCUGACUUUGCAUCUUUACAUACACUCAUACUUAUUCACCAAAGCUCCUUUAUCACCUCUAGGCCUGGCUCAGGGCUACAUGUUUCCACACUCCUAGAUAUAUUUCAAUUAAGUGUCCAAAGUUAUUUGGGUAUGCAUGGAAAUAAUGUCUCAUCAAGCCACAUUUUCUUAAACCAUAGUUUUAUUCAUAAUGAUAGUUCUUUGGUGUUCAUUAGGAAUUUUCCGUUGAUUUAUACAUGGGACAGUUCUGGCGUGAUCCUCGUUUAGGAUUUGGUCUUAACAAAACUAUUAUUCUGAGUGGAGAUGCAACGGACAAACUCUGGGUCCCAGACACCUUUAUUGUAAAUUCAAUCGACACAAAAAUCCACCAAUUGAUAGCAGUCAACAAGAAAGCCUGGGUCCAUCUGGGAAACGGAACGAUCAUGCUGGUAUUGAGGUAAGUAGGGCACAAGUAAAAUAUUACACGCAUAACGAAAGAAGAUACGCAUCACGAUAAAGACAACGAGGAAAAAGCAUGAAGAAAUAAAGGUAGGGAAAAAACGAAGGAAUAACUUCGGUAAGGCAGACAAACAGAGACAGAUAAACAAAUAGACAGACAGACAGACAGGCAGACAGACAGAUGGUUAGACAUCGAUAUUUAAGGCACUUAGACAAGUGGUUGUGGCUUGAAGUAAUUUAGCCUUCAAAGAGGUGUCGUGACAUCUUUGCACAAGAAGUUACUACGCUCACGUUACCUCUCAAUGACAGAAAUACGAUGACCGAGUUGACUCCUCCCUGUUUUUUUGCACAAAGAAAAAGGAUUUGGUUUUCUAAGGGAAAUUUUUCAUGUGAGCCUGAAGCAAAGAUCAUUCCCAUACCCCUCCCCGGCCCCCCCCCACAAAGUGCUUUACACCUCGGUUGCCUUUCAAUGAGAGGCAGCUGCAUUGAAAAUAGACCUAAUCUUUCACUAACAGAUACACUGCUCGAAGCUCUUGUAAAGUGGACCUCAGGGAUUAUCCGUUAGAUGAACAGAUCUGUCACCUAUUUUUUGAGAGCUGUAAGUGCUAAAUAAUAUCAUCAAUCAAAACUACGAAAUGCAUAAUUGGAAAGAGUUUGUUGCACUUUUGAUUAAAAGUUAUGAAUGUGUACCGUUACGUCUUUUGGCAAUGAAAGGGUCACUGAGAUCGUCGGGCCAGGAAACGUAGGUCGUAAUAACAAGACUUUUUUAUCACAUUGUUUGUUUGUUUCGGAUGGAGGGUGGAAAACCAGAGAAUCCAUAGAAAAUACUGUAGGAGAAAAGAGGGGAACCAUUAACAAACUGAACCAGGUCAGGUCGAGAAAUCUCACCUGAGCCACAGCAGACGAAGGCGAUGGCUGCCAGUUACGUAAUCCUUGCAGCCUCCAUGAAUUGCCGGACUGUAUCAGAGGAUCUGAUUGCAUUAUGAGGUGAAUUCGUUCCCAAAAAUCAUGGUGCGUGUAUUUCUCGCACCAGUUGUUAAAUGUUGAAAUUGUGAUGAAGACCCUCUAUUUUAAAAACUACGGCAUUUGAUUGCCUUCUAGUUUCAUUCGAAAGCAAGGACUUGAAUUUAACUUGGAAACAACAAAUUGGAACUGACAUUUACAUUUACGACAAAGAAAUGGCCCAGUUUGAUAUAUUGUCAGCCAAACGACGUGGAAAACAUCAAAUCUACCAUUCAGGUGAGUUUAUAAAAAAGAAAUAGGUUGCUUGCUCAAGCGACACCUCCAAAACACCGAAAAGCGACUAAAUGUCCAGCUCAUCUUUUUCGAUUUCACAGUUCUCACCGUGAAUGAGUCAGCUGUGUAACCAUUUAAAGGAUAUGCCUUUGGAUAAGUUAGAUUCUGACAAAAACGUUUCUUCUUUUUUGCAUUCAUCAGAGGGAUUUUCAGGUCUCACGACAACAAUAAAAUUCAGGCGUCGAACGAUGUAUUAUAUAUUCCAAAUGUACAUACCUUGUAUCUGCGUUGUGAUUUUAUCAUGGGUAAGCUUCUGGAUUGACGAGACCGAUGGUUCUGACCGCGUAGGACUGGGGAUAGCUACAGUUCUAACUAUUAGUUUCAUGAGAGGCUCUAUGAAUGAUAAUGUACCACGUGUAUCAUAUCUCAAGUCCGUGGAUUAUUUUUUGUUGGGUUCGUUCGUAUUUGUCUUCAUGACCCUGAUCGAGUACGUGCUGGUUUUGAAACAGACAAGAAAGGAGAAGAAAAGGAAAAACGAGAAAAAUAAAGAAACAUUGGCACGUGACCGAAAGCGGGAGGCAGAGCUGCUGUUUUCAGAUUCAGAGGAUGAAAAGGUAUUAUGGUAAUAGUAAUAAAAAAUAAUAAUCUGUAGAGAGGAGCAAAGUUAACUGAUCAUUUUAUCUUUUAAGUUUUAAGAAUAACACUUGUUUCCUUCUAUAGGAGAUCUUUUGAACCGACUUUUUUUUAACAGAAAAAACAUGACUUUUCUUCCCUUUAUGCGGAAUUAAUUGAUGUGAAAAAAAUUUAGCAUGCUAACCCCUUUUGAAUUAUUAUAUUCAAUGAUAACAUCAAUUUUGUACCCUUGCGUCGUUGCAAGUUUUGAUACCUUAAAAUGGACGUUGAUGCACAAUUUAGCUUUCCUGGGGUUACUGGAAUGACAACAUCCAGUAUUACUGAAGAGGUUUAAUAUCAUGAGAAGGUGGAGUAGUCGUGGGGAGGGGAAAAGGAAUGGCUAUCUGCCUUGACAAUCACUACGUCAUCUUAAAAUGACGUAUAUCUGAGAAGUUUCAUUUUCUUUUAGGUUUCUGUGUCAGUAUCCGUAGGCAGCAAAACAUAUGAUUUUCAACAUGGUAAACCGAGAACGGAAGGCAGCCCUGUGAACUUUAACGUCAAUAAUCACAACAAGCCUGGGCGUACUGUGAGAAUCGUAGAACCCACGCCUAAUUUGACCAAUAAACCUAAACGACAACCAAACCGGGAUCAAUUGAAAAAGCUUCAUAGGCGACCAUCUAUGAUUCAAAUGAUUAGAAAGACAAUCGAGGAUGGUGAAGAGGAGAUCUGCUAUCUGGAUAAGUAUUCUAGGAUAGUUUUUCCUCUUUCCUACACAAUCUUUUUGGGGAUUUACUUUGGCAUUUACACGGUGCGAUGGGAGAAUAUAGUUCCGUGAUAAAUUAUAACAAAGUCACCUGAAUGCGACAUUGGCAGAACAGGUUAAACUAUUUCGACUGUUAACGUGGAAUGUCUAGAAAUCGAGUUCUGAAGACUUAAAUUCGUGGCCAAAAAGAAGAACGGAUGACAGCGUCGAGGCGCGCUUUCAGCCGAACUACUUUGCCAAAUUUCGUUGAGAAAAAAUUAUACUCGUAAUUGAUAAUGGCGAGAGGUUAACAGCUUACGCGCAGAGUGUAUUAGCUUUUUAAACGUUUACCUAAUCUACAGUCUGGUUUUGAAAAUUGUGGUGCGUAAAGAGGACUUUACACCAGAGGGGAGGACGGGGGGUUAACAGAGUUUUGUUGAAAUUUAGGAGUAAAGCAGGAUAUUUUGUUAUUACCCGAAAUCACUAUCUCUUCUUACCAAAAAUUUACCCUGGGAAUCCCUUUAGCCACGCGCCCUUGAAUCGCGUUUUUUGUGUGUCAAAUGGGAGUUAAAUUUGAGACCAUCCAAAUGAUCUCGCUGAACGUUUUGUAUCUCUUAACUUCGAAUAUGAACAAUUAUUUUAUCGGUUAGAGGCGCUGGUCAAAAUCCGCGCUUAUUCCGGUUUUUUUUUCUCUAUAACGCUGUUUGCGUCCUUGUAUCAUUAUUAUUUGUGUUUUUAUUUGUUUCGAUAUAUGCUAGUUUAGAGAUCUCGAUCAAUAUUUUUUUACACAGUCAAACAACGUUUGCAUACGUUAACAUGACUGUUAUCACCAAUCAGUCCUCUGAGUGCAAAGAGCCGGAGUGUUAUAUUCUUUCUCGAAUUAUGAAGAGCUAACAGAUAGGGAAAUAAAUUUGAUAUUUUAGAGCUACUUAUAUCCCCGAGUAAAAAAUUAAGAGGUAAAGAAAUAAAUUUGAAUUAAACCAGUACAAAUAAACGCCUUCAGUGACUCUGAAGCCCCAAUGCUUGACGAUUAGGGAGCAAUCCGUCGGAGAUGCGCGUCUCGAUGUUUAAAGAAACUUUUACAGAAUUUGAGUUGGCUAUCGUUCUAAUGUGGCCAGCUUAUACAGAUAUUUUGAUUCCAUGUCAGCGAAUAGAUUUGUAAGCAGUUCAUCCAGGAUUUUUGGCUGUGAAUUCAGUGGAUUUCAAACAACCUUUCCCUGGUAAAGAAACGUGUGUCUAUAACAAGUAAAGCCAGCUUCACUAUACUCCUGUCCACAACUCUUAACGAAAUAACUUAAACUCAUAUUUAGUGAAGACUGAGAAAGUUGGUAUCUCCUUGUCACACAUUUAUCAUUUACUGCUUUCCUGAGGCCUGCAUUCCUCUUACUAUAUCGU